AUGCCGCCGGUACUCUUUCCAAUACCACCUAGACUCAGCAGCGUAUUAUCAAGGCCCGCCACUGCAGAAUUAAGGGCUGACGCUACACCACCUCGAGCCGAUAUUCUCAACGAGGACUCUUGGCAGGAGAUAUUUCCUCUUCAGUCUAUCUUCUCCCGUCCAUCAGGUCGAGGUUCUCCCUGGUCUCAAAUGACUACGACAUCACCGCAGUCUUCACCGUAUUUGCGCGAUCUCCAAGGACACUCGCGCAAAGGAAGUAAUACGUCCGUGGCAAGCACGGCAAGCGUAGCACUUGAACGAUGCAUGGCGCGUCUCCAAGCAGGAUUUGAUGCUCGACGCAUGACACCCAUUUCGCCGUUCAGUACGGCUUUCCCCGCCCCGCUUCGCAUCCGAAAAUCACCUUCACUGCCGCCAGGCACAUGGAUGCGACGACCAUCCACAGCGUCGCAGGUUGGGUUGAAGGAGCUAGAAACCGACAAGAAAUUACCCCCAACACCAUUUCCUUUCGAAACUCCCGAAUGA